GCAGACUUGACUAGGGUGUCACGCAGUCGUUGAGCCUCACGUGGCCCCCCCCCGAUGGAUAUAUAUAUGUGUGUGUGUGUGGUUGGUUUUCCUCUCAGAGGAGACGCUCAUUUGCAGUCCUUCAUGAUGCAAACGGAUAUACCUACACGCCCACGCCACAGAUCACCAAUUUAAAGAAAGAAAACGGCACACUGCCAAUUCACACACCAUGUCAUCUAGCAAGAACGGCACGAGCAACUAUUCCUCCAGCUCUUUCGUCUCCGUCUCCUUCUCGCAAACCACCAGGAACGGGCAGACUACCGGGGCCCGAUACGCAUCGCACACGGCAAGCGACCCCCAAGGCACCACGACAUUCACGGGAUCGCAGCGCCUGGGCGAGCCCGUCUACACGGAACGCCGCGACUACGAUGCCUCGGGCCGUUUGAUCUACUCGGACCGAGGCACGGGUGCCGGUGGAGGGGUGGACUCGAGUCGCCGCAUCGAAGAGGCCUCAGAUGGAGACGAGCGACGCAGACAGCGGGAGAAUGACAGGCUCUACGAGGAACGCAUCGAGGACGAGUACGCGAAGCGCGAGGGCGGGGCCUAGACUGGUGAAGAACCUAGGUAUGGUAGGAAGAAUGGCUAUACUGGGGAGAACCAACCUACAGGAGAAGAAUCAAGAUGGCUUGAGACGGAGAACUCGGCUCACGGCGGAGGUAGGUAGAGGUAGGUAGGUGCCCGCCCAAGGUACCUAGAGUAAAUGUCUAUUUAAUGUCGAGUUUGGCGACGGAGACUCGGUAUCAAGGCAAAUUGUCGGAGGACAAUAUGGGCUUCCCCAUUUAGCAAUCUAGGCCUGUGCGGCUUUCUGCGUAACGAAAUUACAGUCGCCUAGCUGCUGUCUUAUGUUCGGCGCUGCAUUGCGCGUAUGCCUUCAACAUAAUAUAAUACCCUAUGGAUCUGGC